GGCGUCACGUGGCCGGCGUCGGCGCGGCGCGGCGUCACUUCCGGUCGGCCCACUGGCAGCGGCGGCGGCGGCGGCGGCGGCGGCGGCGAGCCGGGCGAGAGGCCAAGGGGAUCUGGCAGCAAAGAACCAGGACCAGACGUCCCAGCAAUGACCAGCUCCCCUGUCUCCAGAGUGGUCUACAACGGCAAGAGGAACAGCAGCCCCCGCUCGCCCACCAACAGCAGCGAGAUCUUCACCCCUGCCCACGAGGAGAACGUGCGCUUCAUUUAUGAAGCCUGGCAAGGUGUGGAGCGAGACCUGCGCAGCCAGCUGCCGGGCGGGGAGCGAGGCCUGGUGGAGGAGUACGUGGAGAAAGUCCCCAACCCAAGCCUGAAGACCUUCAAGCCCAUCGACCUGAGUGACCUGAAGCGCCGAAACACUCAGGAUGCCAAGAAGUCCUAGGACCCUCAGCACCCCUCCCCUGGCCUCCGGAAGAUCAGGGUGCCCUUGAUGUUGGUUCCCUCCUGUCUGUGAGCCCCACUCCAGGAGGGCGAGGGGGGCCACAAAGCCCUGGGCCAGCAGGAUUGAUGGCCAACGCCUGCCCCUCCUCCCCGAGCCCCCUCCCGUCCUCUGUGGGCAAGUUACCCUUGCCACCGGGGAAGCGGGGGUCUGGCUCUGUCAGCCCCAGAGGCCCUGACCCCAGUCCCCCUGUCCUGUCACCUGUCCCCGCCCUGUGCUUCCCGUUCCUGGCCGCUUGAGGCUCGGGGAGAAGGAGCCUGAGCUCCUGGGCUGUGGGGACUGCUGGCUUUGUCCUUGAGAUGACCAGGAAGUAGGACACGCGGCCUGACCUGCACCCGGCUUGUGCCCUCUCCCCACGCCUGCUGCUCCCCUGCCUGGACACUGGGAGAGCUGCUCCCCGCCCCCGCCGUCCAGCCCGCCCCUUCCUCGCCUCAGCUUCAGCGUGGCACCAGCUCUGUGCCGGGGCAGCGCUGGCCUCCCUGAAGGGGCCCAGCCCCCAGCCUGCGGCCACGGCGGUGCCCUCGGACAUCGCACCAAGGCCGCCCCGAAGGGGUGGUGCUGCCGGGCCCGUCCCGGCUCUCUGCGGCGUGCUGGGAGGGUCACAAGGGCCCCCUGUUCUUCCUGUGCCCUCUGCAAGCCACGCGUCUCUGGCUUUGGCGCCUGAGGGUCUGUGAAUAAAGGUGGUGGCACUGG